UGUAUUCGUUACUUGCCUUGAACAACAUGUUGGUACCGAUAUUAUUUUGGGUAGCAAUUUGCAUCGCCAGCAGUGCAGUUAUGGCUGCCUCUAAUCUUGAUAAACCAUAUUAUGAUCUGGAUAACGCCGAAAAUCUUUUCAAAAAAUUCAUUAAGGAGUACGGAAAAUUAUACGAAGGAAAUGAUUAUUUCGAAAGGCUCGAAAUUUUCAAAGAAAACUUAAAAGACAUAAAUCGGCGAAAUGAAAAAUAUUCCCUGGCAGUGUUCAAAGUAAAUCGCUUAGCCGAUUUGAAACCUGAAGAACUACACAACACCCGCUCUGGUUAUUUCAAGAAUUUUAAUGAAAACACCAAUAAAGUGGCAUUUCCCCCUGGAACGACCGCAGCCCCUAAGUCUUUUGACUGGAGAACACAUGGGAAAGUUACACGAGUUAAAGACAUGGGGAUAAGGGCAUGUUAUGGUUGCACCUACUUAUUCAGCGCAACUGGCAAUAUUGAAGGCCAGUACGCUAUUAAGUACAACCAGACUGUUUCCUUGUCUGAGGAACAGGCCCUUGACUGUUGUUUUGAUAACGAUGGUAUCUUUGGUGGCAGUCCUUGUAAUCUUAUGAACGAUUUUGCUAGAAGAACUGGUAUCAUGCUGGAGUCUGAUUAUCCUUUCGUGGGUGAAAGAGGAUACUGUCAUGAAGAUAACGCUAAAGUAGCUGUCGGGGUGAUAGAAGGUUUUGAAUUGGACACUAUGGACGAAGACGUGUUAAAGCAGAACUUGUACGACAUCGGGCCACUCUCAAUUUGCUUCUUUGAUGAAGACUUCUUUUUUUAUAAAGAAGGCAUUGUAGAACCCGAUACAUGUGGUAACGACUAUUAUUACAAUCCAUGCGCGCUCUUGGUAGGAUAUGGUGAAGAAAAUGGUACAGACUAUUGGACAUUGAAAUUCUCGUAUGGACCAGAAUGGGGGGAGGAAGGGUACGGGCGCUUACGUCGAGGUAUCAACGCUUGUGGAAUAGGCUAUUACACGUACACCGCCACCAUAGCCUAGUCUAUAGAUAGAAAUUGUUCUGUCCUUCGCCCGGAAACUGUCAACUUAGUUAAACAACUCUUGAAGCGCUAACCAACCCUUGUCACUGGACACGGCCACAAAUCAUCAUCAUCAAUGGCCUCUAAGGCAGGAGAAUGACAUUCUCCUGCCAGCUUUGCGGUCGCGGCUGCCGCUCUCGCAUUGGGCUCACUAUACGCUGCUUAACCCAUCAUAUUAUUGAUGUUAGAGGCCAUUGAUGAUGAUGAGUUAACAAGUCUAAACUAAGUUAUCGCUUCUCGGCUUCGCCUGACAUAUUAGCUCACCUCUGUUACUUUCUGUACACCUCGUUCGUCAGGAAAUUGAUGUUUAUGACCGUGUCUAUUCUAAAAAAUUAUAUUUAUGUAAUUUUAACUAAAAAUAAAUUGACUUAUUCUGUG